ACGGAGCGCGGAGGGAGCGCCUCAUUUGCUUCUGGGGCGCCUGGUCUGCUGCUGGGGCGCGCCUGGCUCCACUGCACACCCGUGACCUGCCGGCCAGGAGGGACGGAAGCGGAGGGUUGCUGGGAACCGUCCGCGGGCUUCUACGCCAGGCAGGUCCAUCAUGAGCAAGGCAUGGGACUCAAGCACUUUAGAAAACUCGAAUCCCUUGUGGAGUGCCAACGGCACACAGCAUCAUCUGGACUCAGAUGCUAACAUUACCUAUGUGAACUACUAUCUUCACCAGCCUCAAGUGGCCGCAGUCUUCCUUAUUUCCUACUUUGUGAUCUUCUUCCUGUGCAUGGUGGGAAACAUCAUGGUUUGCUUUAUUGUAGCAAAGAACAAACACAUGCACACAGUCACAAACCUCUUCAUCCUAAACCUAGCAAUAAGUGAUUUACUAGUUGGCAUAUUCUGCAUGCCUAUAACACUGCUGGACAACAUUAUAGCAGGAUGGCCAUUUGGAAAUACAAUGUGCAAGACCAGUGGAUUGGUCCAGGGAGUAUCAGUUGCAGCUUCAGUCUUUACUUUAGUCGGAAUAGCAGUGGACAGAUUCCGGUGUGUGGUCUACCCUUUUAAACCGAAGCUCACUAUCCAGACAGCAUCUGUCAUCCUUGUGAUCAUCUGGGUGCUGGCCAUCGCCAUCAUGUCACCCUCUGCAGCAAUGUUACACACACAGGAAGAAAAGUAUUAUCAUGUGAUGCUCCACUCCCAGAAUAAAACCAGCCCAGUCUACUGGUGCCGGGAAGACUGGCCCAACCGGGAAAUGAGAAAGAUCUACACUACUGUGCUGUUUACCACCAUCUAUGUGGCUCCUCUGUUCCUCAUUGUCAUCAUGUACGGGAGGGUUGGGAUUUCACUCUUCAGGAACACGGCACCCCACACCAGCAAGUGGAGCCAGGAGCAGUGGCACGUGGUGUCUAAGAAGAAGCAGAAGGUUGUCAAGAUGCUCCUGAUGGUGGCUCUGCUUUUCAUGCUGUCCUGGCUGCCGCUGUGGACUCUGAUGAUGCUCUCCGACUAUGCUGAGCUUUCUCCCAGUGAGCUGCGGGUCAUUAAUGUCUACAUCUACCCUUUUGCUCACUGGAUGGCUUUCUCUAAUAGCAGUGUCAACCCCAUUGUUUAUGGUUUCUUCAAUGAGAAUUUUCGCCGUGGCUUUCAAGACACUUUCCAGCUCCAAAUUUGCCAAAAAAGAUCAAAUCUCAAGGAAGCCUUUGCUCUAAGAGCUAAAAACAACAUGGCUGUAAACACAUCCAGUCAACUUGUCCAGCAGCCUUCGCUGUGAAGCCUGCAUACAGAGAGUUCCCUCUAUGGAAAGUGUUGAAAACACGGAGCAGGAGAGUUAAGAAGGGGAAAUUUGAGAGACGCUUCCAGUAGGAAUGAGAUGUGAAAUGCCACAGUGUGAUGAUCCCAUCCCUUCUGUGGGCUGUGAGUUUAAAUACCACUGCCUUCUGUGGUUUCGUACUUCAAUUAUUUCUGAUGUUCUACAGAAAUCAUUUAUUGAAAGCUUUUUGGCAAAAAUUUAAAUAGUGAACAAAACUGGUCUCUUCAUAAAAUGAGUCUUACGAUGUAUAAAAUAUAUAAUGACUUGUACAUGUGCCUGAAAAUAUCUAUUUCUAAGAGGUUUCUCAAAGCCUGACCUUUCUCAGUUGAACCUUUUAUGUGCAAGGCAUGUGUAUGUGUUCAUGUACCUUGUGUGCAACACAAACACUCAUCUUUCCCAAACGGUGAUGGGCAGGGAGCACUUCGCGUGUAAGUCCAUUUUGUCAAUUCUCGCUUUGACUUUGGAUCUGAAAACUUAGACUAGACUUUACUGAUUUGUUUGUGUUUCUGUCUGUACUUAAUUUCCUAAGAAAUGUACUAUAUCACAUGGAAUUCUUUGCUAUCACUUUUCUUAUCUUUAUCAGUUCAUUUGCCUCAAUCUAAAAGCAAGAUAUUGCAGGUUUUUGGUUAUUUAUGUCACAAGUGACUUCACCUAUGUUAGAACCCCAGUAUCAAAUAAAGGGACACAUAUUUCAUCAGAUUUAAAAGUUUUUUUUUCCAAUUUUAAAAAGGAUUAAAUUGGGAAGCAUAUAUAUUGUUCCAUAAAAGUUACUGUUAGGUUUUUAAUAUUUUAAUUAAAGUUUGUGAUCUAGCUGAGCCCACAUCUGUUAAAAACCUCCAGUCAACAUCCUUCUAGCAGAAGCACCAAUAUAAAGAAGAAAAUCCUUUAAUCAAGCAGCAGCUGGCAUAAGAAUGAUACUUCUUUAAUGUACUUAUCAGAGACAUUUAUGGUUACAUGGAACUCCCAUAGUGUACAGAAAGAGUAUGAACAAUCAUCCCAAGUUUCCUACUGGGUACAGCAUUUAAUUAAGCACUCAAGGCUUAAUAAAUUAGUACUGUGGUUAAAAAGAAUACUGUCAACUCUGGAUUCUGCUAUGUUACAAUUGUGUAAUGAUAAUCACUAUAAAUGCUACUUUCAUCUGGGGUGAGAUAGGCCCCAGGAAAAUUGGAAAUUGUAACAGAAUAAUUUGUUUGUCAAAUAAGAAUAAAUCUCUGGACAUGAAACUAUCAUAUUUUCUUUAGCCAUCUAUGUGGUUCAAGCUCAAAGCUUUCAAAAGACCUUUGGGAUAAAAUUUACUUGAAUUGAAUUAUGUCAUAUUUGAAUAUACAAGUGUUACCCUGCAAUCAGGAAGGGCAACUUUUUGAAAUCUAAAUGCAUAAUUUGACAGUUUCCUCACCAUGAUUUCCUGAAAUACAGUACUGUUUGCAGUUGGUGUACUUACACGUGGAAGCAGGUCUCACUUGCUUGUGUGCAUUCUCACCCGGAUGAGUGUUUGGCCCUCGCCUCUCAUUUGCUUAGCCUUGCUCCCUGAUUUUCUUUCCCAACAGAGGCCGAAUCUCUCACUGAAUCUUAUCCUGGUGUUGAGCCUUGCGUCCUGCACCUCUUUAUAUAGUUGGCAGAGCUGUCUUCUUGAAGUCGACAGCUCAUUUUUUCCCUGACUGAGAUUCUCGUGGAAGCUCUUGCCUGUUAAAACAUGUGCAGACACACCAAGGCUCUAGCCCUGCCUACUAGCUGCACUGACAGAGCUGUUUGCUAAACUCCAGUCAAGUUGAGAUGGUCAGCCCAGAUGGGCUUUUCUUUUUGAUCACUUUUCUCUAUUUCAAACUCACCUCAUUUGCCUAUCCAUCCCUUGUGCAGGGUCCACUCAAAUGCCACCUGAUUUACAAAAUCACUCUGUGUUCUUGCACCAGAUGUGAUUGGUCGUAGGCCUUGUAUAUUUCUUAUGUGACAGCCUAACUUGUAGCCGUUGCAGCUUACGUUUGCAGCUAGUGAAUUUUGAAGAGCAUAUGGAAUUAAACCUCACUCAUCUUGAACUCCUGGGCACACUUGGUCACAGUCAGUACAUAGAUGCUGAAAAAUUGCCACAGGCAAAAGCUGGUGUGAGUUGCUCAAGGGGAAGAUCUAAUGCUGAACUAAUAGGCUUCUGCCCAAAGAUUUUAGCACACCUGUUGCAUACGAAGAAAAGCUUUUUCAUGCACUGGAAUGACAAAGGUAGAAGAUAAAGAAAACUAAAAUAUCUUGAUCAACCAUAAUCUCAUAAGAGUGUGGGUUCCAGAUUCAUAUAGAAUUUUUCCUAAACUGAAAGUUUAGGACUUGGGACAAGUGUUCUAAUCUCUAAGGUAAGAAUAAGUAACUCACUUGGUAGGCUACAAGUAUAAAUGAUGGGAACAAGUAUGUAAAAUAAAACACAGAGUUAUUGUUACUCAGAAAGGGCUAGAUUGUUGAUCAUUUGAUUAUAGUGAGUAUAAUAAUUUCAGUAUCAUGCUAAGUAAAUUUUAAUAUGUUCCCUCACCCUUACGAAAGCACUCCUUGGUAUAUAUAGUAUAUAUCUCAUUUUACAGAGGAGUACUUUCAAUUUAAAAGUAGUUGGAUUUCCUAAAUUCAUGAGCUUGAGAAAUAGAAAAUGAAUUUGGAACUCAACUAUAUACAAUUCAAAACUUUUUGUUUAACCUCAUUUUUUAAUUUAUAUUAUAUAAUCUGUGGGUUAUAAUGAAUUUUUUCUGGGCUUUUUACUUUCUUGUAACUAUUUUUCUGAUUAUAAAAAUAAAACCUAAAGUAUUAUAAAAUAAUAUUCAUUACUUACAGCUUUUUUUUUCCAGUCCAAGGAUUGAAACCAAGGGUCUUUAUACUGAGUCAAAUCCUCAGCCCUCUGUUAAAAAAAAAAAAAAAAAAAAAAAAAAAAAGAAGAAGAAGAAAAAGAAGUUGUUUUGGGGGGAGUUUUUUUGUUUGUUUGUUUUGUUUUGUUUUUUUGAGACAGGAUCUCACUAAGUCAUUAAAUUAUCAAGAUUGGGCUCAAGCUUUCGCAAUUCUUGCCUUAAUCUCCCAGAGUGCCAGGAUUACAGGACUGUAACACUACAUUCAGCUAUUUACAGAGUUUCUGGGAAAUAUAGAAUGGUACAGAGAAGAGAACGAAAUUGCAAAUAAUCUCUCUAUUAAGGAAAAAGAGAUUAACCUCUUAUUCUAACACUAAAAACUCUGUACAUGCAUCUUUGCCAAGAGUGCUCAUGUCCUUGUAAAGGAAUUAUUGGGACAUUUUGUAGCACUUCUACAAAUACCAUUAAGUCAGUUUUCAAAAAACCAUAGAUGUACUGUACAAAUUUUGUGCUUGCCUCUCCUGUAGUUCCUUGAUUUGUAUUAAAUUUCUUCAAAUUUGCUUAAGAUACAAAAAAUCAUUUGAAUUUGAUUUGAUUACUAGUGUUCCAUAGUUGACAAUUGUUUUGAGUCUCUGAUUUGUAUUCUUCCAAUCCUUGACCAUUUACCCACAAUAUAGUUUUUUCUUUUCAUAUAUUUAGACCUAUCUGUAACCAACAAUAGGCAGAAAAAUCUUUCUCAAAACCAAAAUUCAAUAUCAUUUCCCUGCUUCAAAGCCAUCAACAGUUGCAUUUUAGGAAAAAUCUAAACUGUUUACCAAGGCUAGUGCACUUUAUUUUCUCUGCCCCUCAACCCUUCCUAGCAUCCUUCACACUGCAGGUCUGCCCAUUGCUCCUUCCACUGCCAAAGUCCGAACUGCUUUUGGGUCUUGCCAGAAUGCCCCCUCUCAGCACACCCCCCACUCCGGCUCUGUGCACAGUCUGCCUCCUCUCCUCCUUCAGGGCAGCACCCCAGCUUCAGCUGAGCAUGAAUCCUUUUCUCUAGAGCAAUCAUUACUAUCUGUAAUUAUCUUGAAAAUUCAUUUAUUUAGUUGUGUAAUAUCUGCAUCCCCUACCUAGAAAUUAAAUCCCCAGGCAAAGACUUUGGUCUUAUUUUUCACUUUAUCUCCAGUGCCCAAAACAGUGCUUGGCAUAUCACAGACACAUGAUAAAGACAUGUUGGACAAACUAAUUAAAUAAUUACAAAUUUUUUCCUUUUUAAAAUCAUUUAUAAUUUUUAUGAAUAUGAACUAUAUUUUAAUUUCAAAUGUUGAAAUAAGUUGGGUUACAAAGAAAUAUUAGAUAUUUUGAAAAGUCGAUGAGGUACAAUGAAAAUCACUUGCCUUGCUGCCACCUAGUCAGAGCCAUCAUCGCUACCACCUUGGCACAAAGGUAUGUGCUCUUUUAAUAAGCGUAUGGUUCUGGAGCAUGUGCUUUACAAUCUUCUUGUUCCUCUAGUAUAAAACAUGUUCCAUGUUAACAGUCUUCAAAAUGUUUUCUUCGUUUCAAUGUCAUUUGUUAUUUAUUGAAUGUGACUACACCUGUAUGACUUCUUACAUUUUAAAAACUCAUGAGUUAUGUGCACCUUGUCUAAUAUGGGGUAUAUUUACAGUUAUCUCCAAAUGGACCCCCAAGAAACACAACUGCUUGGCCAAAAUGCAUGCAAAUUUCUCAAUAUUUUAAUGUAUGUUUUCAAAUGUCUCUUAAAAAUAUUUUCAAACCCUGCAGCUCUGUUGGUGGUAUAAGAGAUCGUUCGUGUAUGCUCUCACUGCAAUUCUAUAAAACUAGCUUCUAUUGCCAGUUUGAUAAAUGAGAACUUCUUAAAUCUCCAUGUUUACCUUUUAUUUCAUCAUUGUAUGACUCAAAAUUAAAACAUAAUCUUUACUCAGUUUGAUUCA